AUGCUGGCGAUUGCACAGCUGGAGAACCUACUGCAGUCCCUCGCCCAAGUCGGUUUGCAAGCAGAAGUUCGUCAGGGCGACGAGUCCUCUCUACUGGUCUUUGUUCGAGCUUCCGAGAAGCGUCUGAAGCGAGCGGUGUAUCGGUCGCGAGUCCGUGAUUGGCUUUACGGUAUCCGAAAUGCCGAACCUACGUCCGCCAAUUCGACGGAGACUCAGACCGAGGCCGAGCGCCUGCGGGUCGUUCACCAGAUGAUCACACACCCCGGCGAGGAAGGCGGCGCCGGCAUCACCCCCAACCACGGGGAAUGGAAGAAUGUCACAGCCAUAUUUCCGUUGCAUGAUAUCGAAACGAACAAGACUUGGAUGCGGGAGUGGAGUAAGAAAACAUUCCUCUCCGAUGACGACUUGGAUCAGAUCCGAAACAAAUUUGGAGAAAGUGUUGGAUUCUACUUUUCCUUCUUGCAGUCAUACUUCCGAUUCCUCAUCUUCCCCGCUGUCUUUGGAUUCUCCUGCUGGUUCCUACUCGGCGGGUUCUCGCUCAUUUAUACUGCCGUCAACUGCCUUUGGUGUAUCAUCUUUGUGGAAUACUGGAAGCGCCAGGAGGUCGAUCUCAGCUGCAGGUGGGAGACCAAAAAUGUAUCAGUUGUGAGGACCAAUCGCCGUGAAUUCAAGCCGGAGAAAGAGGUGAUUGAUGAAGGGACCGGCGAGAAGCGUGGUGUUUUCCCGGCCACCAAGCGCAUGCAGAGACAGCUUCUGCAGAUUCCCUUCGCUUUACUUGCUGCAAUUGCGCUGGGUGCUAUCAUUGCGACCUGUUUUGCCAUCGAGAUCUUCAUCUCGGAACUCUACAACGGUCCACUGAAGACAUAUUUGAUUUUCAUUCCGACCAUUCUUGUGUCAGCGCUUGUGCCCACCAUGAGCGCCAUUCUCACCUCAAUCGCCACAAAGCUCAAUGACUAUGAGAACCACGAGACCAAAGAUGCAUAUGAUGUCGCACUUACCCAGAAAGUCUUUGUGAUCAACUUCAUCACUUCAUACCUUCCAAUCUUCUUGACGGCCUUCGUUUACGUACCAUUUGCCAGUCUCAUUGUGCCGUACCUCGAUGUCUUCCACUUGACAGUCCGGCCUUUCGUGUCCAAGGAACAUGCCGUCGCAAAGCAAUCGCACUUCCAGAUUGACCCCGCUCGUCUGCGCAACCAAGUCAUCUACUUCACCGUGACGGCGCAGAUUGUUGGCUUUGCCAUGGAGACAAUUGUGCCUUACCUCAAACAGCAUGCCCUGCGCAAAUACAAGAAGUAUAACAAGGAACGCAAUGGCAAGUUGGAGCGCAAUGGCGACAAAGAGUCACCAGAGAGACCCGCUAUAGUAUAUGAUGAUCCUGCCGAGGAAGUGCAGUUCCUUGCACGCGUUCGAAACGAGGUCGAACUCUCCGAGUAUGACGUGACCGAUGACCUCCGCGAAAUGUGCAUUCAAUUCGGAUAUUUGGCCCUGUUCUCGCCUACCUGGCCUCUUGUCCCGCUCUCGUUCUUCGUGAACAACUGGAUCGAGCUCCGUUCAGACUUCUUCAAGAUCUGCAUGGAGUUCCGUCGACCCGUUCCACUUCGCACUGACUCGAUUGGUCCCUGGCUGGAUAGCUUGGGCUUCCUCUCCUGGGUUGGUAGCAUUACCAGCGCCGCGCUAGUGUACAUGUUCAGUGGCAAUGCACAGCACGGACCUAACGGUGAACCGACGGACAUCAAGGGGUGGGCGUUGCUUCUCACUAUCUUCUUCUCGGAGCAUCUGUAUCUUAUCGUCCGCUAUGUCGUGCGGGCUGCGAUGGCCAGGAUCGAGCCCCCGAACUCUCGCAAGGAGCGCGCUGAUCGGUAUCUCAUGCGCAAGCGCUACCUCGAGUCCUCCAUCAAUGCAGAGGGUGAUGAGGAUGACGAAGAAGACGAGCUGGCCUCGCAGUCUCAGGCACCUGAAAUCUCGCGCACCUCUUUAGAGGAUGAUGCUCGGAAGGCAUCGUUGCAUGGGGCUGAUCCUGCAGCCCGAUUUUGGUUGCACCAGCGUGGUUGGACGGAGUCAGCACAGGUGGGUGCUGGUAUCAUCCAGGCUCAGCCAGUUCGGGGUAGUGUGAAAAAGCAGCAGUAA